AUGCCAUGGUUCCGGCCCCCUCUGCUCUCCGUCGCUAAUGCGCUGAGGCAAUAUAGUACUCGGCUAGAGAAAGCUGUUGUCCUACGACCAUACCAAGAGUCGUGUUUGGAGGCCUGUAUCGACGCGCUCAAGGCUGGUUCUACGCGCAUCGGUGUCUCUUUGCCCACAGGAUCUGGCAAGACUACCGUAUUUAUCUCGCUGCUGUCGCGUCUGCCACCUGCCCGGGGUGCUCAAGAGGCGACUAGGUCACUGGUAAUUGUCAAUAGCGUAGAGCUUGCUCAGCAAACUGCCGACCAAGCUACACGAUUGUUUCCUGAAUGGCGCGUGGAGAUUGAGCAAGGCAAGCACCAUGCGUCGGGUACUGCAGACCUGACGGUAGCCACUUUUCAGACGCUGCUACGCUCACAGCGGCUGGAGAAGUUCAGAGCGGAGUACAUGAAGGCUCUCAUCGUGGACGAGGCGCACCAUGCAGCUGCACCUUCAUACCGCCGAAUUUUGUCUCACUUCGACCCCAACAUCAAGAAUCCAGACGAAGCGUUCGAGCCUCCCGUUCUGAGCCAUCGUAUCCCUAUCCUGGGGUUCUCCGCGACGUUCAGCAGGCAUGAUGGCCUUGCGCUGGGAUCGGUGUUCGAGAGGAUUGUAUACCACAGAGAUUUCCUGGAAAUGAUCAAAGAGCAAUGGCUCUGUAAUGUGCGGUUUACCACCGUACGUGCCAAUAUUGACCUCAGCCAAGUGACGGUCAACUCCCGCUCGGGCGAGUUCAACCCGACGAGUCUGAGCCAUGUGGUCAAUACGGACUCCGUGAACGAGUUGGUCGUUCGAUCGUGGCUGGACAAAGCAGCGGACCGCAAGUCUACGCUAGUGUUCUGCGUGAACAUCGCGCACGUCGUUGCACUCACUGCCGCCUUCCGCGGUGCCGGGAUCGACGCGCGUUACCUUCAUGCGAGCACCCCUGCCGUUGAGCGCAAGGCACUCGUAGAGGCCUUCAGAGCUGGGAAGUAUCCCGUGCUGAUCAACUGUGCUGUCCUCACGGAGGGCGCAGAUAUACCCAACAUCGACUGUGUGAUCGUGGCACGGCCAACAAGGUCGCGGAAUAUAUUUGCGCAGAUGCUUGGUCGAGGCAUGAGGCUGUCUCCCGCGACUGGAAAGGAAGACUGUCGGAUCAUAGACUUCGUCGACUCCCAAGAACGGGUAGCAGGAGUGAUCUCCGCACCCACCUUGUUCGGGCUCGACCCCUCCGAGUUGUCUGACGAUGAGACCAUCGAAAGCCUCGAGCAACGGAGCGCGUCCUUGUUAGAGCGUGACGACGCGGUCGACAAGGGAAGGCCAAAUACUUCGGGGUCGGUACCGGCGCCAAAAUCGGUCACGUAUAUCGACCACGAAGACCCAUUCGCUCUUGUGGACCAGGCCUCUGGGGAUCCCAACAUUCGUAACCUCAGUAGGAACGCCUGGGUCUGUUGUGGUGACGAGCUCUACAUCCUGGAGUGUAUGGGGAAAGGCUUCAUACGUGUUGAACCUGUUGAGGACGGUGAAGAUGGUGAAAAGUACCAAGCCCAUUACACACCGCCCACCAUGACCAGAGGCACGGCGUACAUGCUGAAGAUAUCUCCGUUCAGAAGGAGCAAGAAGAUCCUUUCUGCGCAAACACUGGCGGAGGCGAUCCGGGGUUGCGACACUUACGCACAAAGCAAAGUCCUACCCGGACAGGUUGCGCUUGGGCUUUUGCGCAGCGCGAAGUGGCGAUGGGAGCCUGCCUCGGAGUCGCAGAGGAUGUUUGUCUCAAAGCGUUGGAAGACACGGAAGAUUCUCACCACUGAGGAGGGUCAGAGCGCGAAGCGUCUCCCGGGUGACCAUGAGUUGAGGUCACUGAAGAAGGGCGAGGCAGCCAACAUUAUCACUCGUUUGAAGCACGGCGCGCAGGCACGUCAUGAGAAGCGGCAGAAGGCACUUGCGAAAGCGGCUCUCGCCGCCGAGAAGACGUUGAGAAGGCAAUCCCGCGAGACCGUGAAAGUCGGUGUCUUGUCUGCUACCCAUUGA